UCUUUGUUAAACCGUCAUUGUGGAGACGCUACAGAGGCAGGAGGGAAGCACCGGCGGACACCUUGAGCCCGCUGCAGCCCCGGAUGCGCCAACGGAGAGCAGCAGGGCUUGUUUUUGAAUCGGCAGGUGACAGCAGACGGACACCAGUCGAAACGUCGCCGAGGACUCGGAGACGCGACGGACGCGUUCGUUGUCGGCAGCGCUGCAUGUCGCCAUGAAGCCAGCGUCGCGUUACCGAUGCCCUGCUCUCGUUUCCCAGCAGCCUCCAGCGCGGACCGUCUGAGUUAAUCGGGUAAAGGCAGCCGAUCUGCUCGGACUGACAAGUCCUGAUAUUUCCACCUGGACCCGAUGAUAUGAGAGGCUCCAGGAGGCGGUGAUGGAGCUCCAGGAGUUGGGCUGGCUGUGUGUGGUGGGUCUCUUUCUAGCAUCCUCGCUCAUUGUGCUGGGAUGGCUGUUCCAGUACGUGCAGACCGUACUGCGGCUGUGGAGAGCCAGGAAGACCGCCGAGCGGGACCGGGGAGGAACAGCAUGGCAGCAGCUCUUCUUCACGCAGUCCCGCCGGAGCCAGCGCGGAGGUGUGUGGGGCUUCCUGAUGAAGCUCCGCUCGGGCCUGGAUGGAGGACCUGCGACCGAGGCCGGGGUUAAAGGCUUGUUGACCUCUCUGUUCGCCUUCAGGUCCUUCAGGGAGCAUUGGCAGAGAACCUGGGUCAAAGCUCUCAACGAGCAAGCCUGCAGGCACGGGAGCUCCAUCCAGAUCACUUUUGACAGCAGUCUCCAAUUAACUGCUUCUUCUGCAAUAGAUACAGUGACCUGCACUGACCAGUCGGCACACAGAAUGGUUUUACACUGUAAAUGUUGGGUGGAUACAGUGACAUUUCCCGUGACUGUCACGCAGCAGUCACCUGCUGCUGUUUCCAUGGACACCUAUCAGAUCACUAUAGCACCCAUGGUGACAGAGGUGGUGGUGUGUCUGGAAGACGUGGAGGACGAGGGUCUGCUGAUGUCCUGGACUCUUUCCAAGCAGCCAUCAUUUUCUCUGACCGUGACUCCAUGCAAGCUGCAGAGACAGGACACUGAGGCAGACCUGGGCAUGAUUAAGGGGCUGAUAGAGGACACUCUGUUCAGCACUCAGCCAGCCAUGGUCCUCAAUCUCAAGACUUGUGCUUCCAGUCCUUUGGCCCCCAUGCACCAUCCGUCAGUGGGAUUGAACUCUGUAUCCCAGAGUGUCUUGAUGCGACGACUACAGCUCCAGCAGCUCAGGGCGACCUUAAGUAAAGGUCAGUGGUCUAGAUCAGAGGAGCUGUGCUGUGUCCUGAGCCUGGACCAACCCUUCACAGAGAGGACAACCCGCUUCCUGUCUGUGCCCAGCAACCCCAACACCCCGUUGGAAUGGAGUGAAGAAAUUACUCUGGAGCUGGGCCAAGAAACCAAAGAGCUGAGAGUAAGGCUUCGGGAGCGGAAUGGCAAAAGGGAACAAUUCCUGCCUGGUCAGGCCUCCAUCGCCUUGGACCUCCAGUGCAAGGUUCCCACUGGACAACACAUACUGUCAAUAAGCCCCGGCCACGGCUUGGCACCAAACGCUACUGUCACAGCAGAACUGCUGUAUUUGGAAACAGAGGAGCCUCGCAGCGACCACAAUGCUUUGUCACUUCGUUCCUCAGUCACCCCCACGAAGAAGGUUGACGUGGACCGUACCAUCAUGCCGGAUGGAACCAUCAUCACCACUGUCACGACCGUCCAGUCUCGACUUAAACUGGAUCGCAGUCCAGGUGAUUCCCCUUUGCGCUCAACAUCCAAAGUGGAGGUGACCGAGAAGAAACCCACCAUCCUGUCUGAUGGCAGAGGCAGCCCCAGCCCCAAUCCCAGCAAGAGCAGCCGCCUCUCUAAUGGCCUGGAUCCUGUUGCAGAGACGGCCAUUCGCCAGCUGACAGAGUCCGCCUCCAAAGUAGCACGGAAGACACCAACAAAAAGGAGCACACUGAUCAUCUCGGGCGUGUCCAAGGUUCCACUCUCAGAGGAUGACUGUGCAUUAUCGAGCGGCUACGCUGCAGCCAUGGACGCAGCCAUGCAUGGCAACCAUUUCGGGGCGGGGCAUCACCAGGACCCAGAUGAAACCACACCCUCCGAUGUGUCGGAGCGUCCGUCUGUGGACGAUGUGGAAUCAGAUACUGGUUCGACUGGUGCCUUGGAAACCCGUAGCCUCAAGGACCACAAAGUGGGCUUUCUGCAGAGCGGGACAAAGCUGUUGUUCCGCAGAAGACAUCGACAGAAGGAGUCCUGUCUUAGCCAAUCCCAUGAAGACAUCUCCAACAUGGGCAAUAACUUCACUACUGCUGCAACCAGCAGCCGCACCAAGUCUGGCAGCUUCUCCCGGCGUCUCAUCAAACGCUUCUCUUUCCGCUCAUCAGGCAAAUCAAAAGGAAAAGGCACUGCUACCAACGGAGGAGCGAGCUCAUUGGAUAACUGAUUAUCACUAUUACGGUAGGACAUGGGUCAUCCUGAGUUAUCAGGAUUGUUCUAAAGCCUCUGUUGGUACAGUCAGAAGAACAACUAAACCUUGAGUCUGGUCUAUGACAGGUUGAACACCCCAGGUGGGUUAUCACCUGUACAUCAUGAAAGGAGGAUUCCUCUGGGAGGGCUUCCCUCUGGAGAGAAAUUUAUUGCACCUUUGGGACAGAAGUCAUGUUCAAUCACAUCACUGAGGUUUAAAUGUGAUUAUGAAAUCUAUUUCUUUUCAAGGAAAAAUCUGCUGCUCAGUGAGGAGAAGGGAAUAACUACAAUGAAAUGCUGUGUGCUCUGUUUGAACACAAACUGUUUUAUUGUGACAGAUGGUGGAAAUGCUCUUAAACUAUAAUGAUAUAAAAUGCCAGUAUAACAUUAUUGGUUGCACUUUGGACUUUAAAGUUGUGUUGUUUUUUUUUGUUUGUUUGGUUUUUUUUUUAAAAACAGCACAUGUAAAGUUCCUGGGUUGUAUAAAGGUCAUUAAUUAUUAUGUGGUUCUCAUGAAACAAGUGCUAUUUAUUUUACUCCCAAAAGACCAAGUCAUCAUAGUUGCAUUAUAAUGUAAAAUAGAGACAUUGUUGUGUUUUUCCAUGCAACUGUAAUUUUAAACACAAAUUUUAUGUGAGUUAACAAGAAUCAGUCUUAAUCUAGCUGUAAUGUCCAUUCAUAAUUGCUUAUACAUUGGUUUUAGAAUGUUGUUCAAUGUUGUAUCUUAUAUAAGAAGCAGAAAAGAUAAUAUAUUUAUUGUACGUUUUUUAUUUUAUAAAAAGGUACUUUUCUCUGGAAUUUCAUUUUAAGCUUGUAACUGCUUUUCAGUUUUCUUUUGAAAUUUUAGCCAGUCAGGAUCUCUAGAAGACUCUUCAGGCUGGGAAAUGAGUUUAAACUUUUUUCCGACAGUAUUCUGUCAGGAAAAAACAAACUGGAAAAAAAAAAACACGAUCAGGUCCUUCCCUCCUUCAUCUCCUAUUGACUCCAGUAAGUGAUAAGUGGAUCUAAGCACAUUAUAAAUUUUUCAGUUGAUGCUCAUAUGGACAUUUUAUUAUUGCAAUAACUAUCAUUACUGUGCAGCAAGAUUGCAUACGGUAUAUUAUGUCUAACUCUGAAAUGAUCAGCUCAUAACCAUCAUCUAAACAUAGCAAAACCUACCCUUUAACAUUUAGAAGCAUUAUCAUACUGUAUUUCUUUUUAAACAAUUUAAAUUUUCACAUGACUGACAAUAUAGCAACAAUGCCGCAGUUUUAAGAGGUCUCAAGAAUGUCACAGUUGAGGACAAAGUGAUGGGUGAAGUGGACACACUCAGGGCUAGAAAUGAAAUUGCUACUAGCAACUUGAGAUAUGAGGAAACCCGCUGCACCCUUCAAAGGCAAACAGAACUGGUAUGUAAAAAUGUACAUCAAUUUUUGGCUAUUUUUGUUUUGUCAGAAAAAUCUUAACUGACUGCAUUAUUUAUGGGACUUGAGAACAACCAAAUUAAAUUAUUUUGAUUUACUUUUCAUGUUUAUUUGCAUCAAUAAAAGAUUAGCUGUCAAAGGGACUCUAAAGGACAUGUUCCAUGUGCUUUACAAAAUUACAACCAAUUCAAAAUGCUGAAGAAACAAAGCCACUUCAUUGUCUAAAGGCACAUUACAUAUUAUGUGGCUGGAAUGUGAAACAGGAAGUGGCUGCAAAAUUUAAGAUGUUUGAUUUCUGCUGUUAUAUUUAAAAUGUUUAAUUUAUUGCAAAUAAAUUAU